AGCAUGCUCCCCAGUCCGGUUAUAACAUCCUCCAGCACGCCUUUUUCGGUCAAGGACAUCUUGAAGUUGGAGCUGCAGCAGCAAUCUCAAGAGUUCCAGUUCAUCUCCUGCCUCUCGGGUCUGUCCGGCGCGCUCCCCUUGCAGUCCGGAGCCUUCCGAGCCCACUCGCCGCCCUCCUGCAUGCUGGCCCGCAGGGACAGCCCGAGUCCCAUCAGUUCGGAGGGCGACGAGAGGAUGUCGUUCCUCGGCGCGCUCGCCGGACCGGACCGGCUGCACGCGGAGUCCGGGCUGCCGGUGGAGAUGUUCGGAAACCCGGCGCAGAUCCACCCUGUGGACUUGGAACUGGACACCGAGCAGGAGGAUCGAGACGCCAAGUUCGGCGGUGCGUUGCGGGGCGAGGAGGCCGAGAAGCCGCCGGGCAAGCAGCAGAGGACCAGGAGGAAGCCUCGGGUGCUCUUCUCUCAGACUCAGGUGUUCGAGCUGGAGCGUCGCUUCAAGCGGCAGCGCUACCUGUCCGCCCCGGAGAGAGAGCACCUGGCCGCCUCGCUCAAACUCACGCCGACGCAGGUGAAGAUCUGGUUCCAGAACCGGAGGUACAAGUGCAAGAGGCAGCGGCAGGACAAGACUUUGGAGAUGGCCGGACACCACCACCAUCACCACCAUCACCAUCACCCACCGGGUCCUCCGCCGCCCAGGAGGGUGGCCGUGCCGGUUCUGGUGCGGGACGGCAGGCCUUGUUUGACUGGAUCCCCGACCUAUAACACUUCCUACCCGGCCGUGGGAGCUCCGAGCCCGUACGCCUACAACGGCUACCCGGCCUACAGCUACAACAACUCGGUGUACACCAACACUUAUUCUUGCACGAGUUUACCUGCUCUGCCGGCCUCCAGCACCGCCAACGCCUUCGUGAACAUGAAUUUGGGCUCCCUGGGCGCGCAGACGCAGAGCCAGUCCGCGCAGGGGACGGUGGUCCCUCCGUGCCAGGGGACUCUGCAGGGCAUCCGGGCAUGGUGA